GCUUCUUUGUGUGUUGUCAAGGUAUAUAAGACAUUUCUGCCGCAGUUUCUUUCUUUGGAAUAAUGUCGGCUGAAUAUGAUAAUAGAGACAAUGGCCCAGAGGGCAUGGAGCCAGAUGGGAUCAUUGAGAGCAACUGGAACCAGAUCGUGGACAGUUUUGAUGAGAUGAACCUGCGCGAGGCUCUGCUCAGGGGAAUUUAUGCCUAUGGUUUUGAGAAGCCUUCCGCUAUCCAGCAGAGAGCCAUUAUGCCUUGUAUCAAGGGUUAUGAUGUGAUCGCUCAGGCCCAGUCUGGUACUGGGAAGACUGCCACAUUUGCCAUUUCCAUCCUCCAGCAGAUCGAUGUGGAGCUGAAAGCCACUCAGGCUCUGGUCCUGGCUCCUACCAGGGAGCUGGCUCAGCAGAUCCAGAAGGUGGUCCUGGCCCUGGGAGACUACAUGGGAGCCAGCUGCUAUGCCUGUAUCGGAGGGACCAACAUCCGCAGUGAAGUCCAGAAGCUGCAGGCUGAAGCCCCACACAUCGUGGUGGGAACCCCUGGCCGUGUCUUUGACAUGCUGACUCGCAAAAACCUCUCUUCUAAGUACAUCAAGAUGUUUGUGCUGGAUGAGGCCGACGAGAUGCUUAGUCGAGGAUUCAAGGACCAGAUCUACGAGAUUUUCCAGAAACUGUCGAGCAACACACAGGUGGUCCUGCUGUCGGCCACCAUGCCAGCUGACGUUCUGGAGGUCACAAAGAAGUUCAUGCGCGAACCUGUCCGAAUCCUGGUCAAGAAGGAGGAGCUGACCCUUGAGGGUAUCCGCCAGUUCUACAUCAACGUGGAGAAAGAGGAGUGGAAGCUGGACACGCUUUGCGAUCUGUAUGAAACCCUGACCAUCACGCAAGCCGUCAUCUUCAUCAACACGAGGAGGAAAGUGGACUGGCUCACUGAGAAGAUGCACGCCAGAGACUUCACUGUGUCCGCUCUGCACGGUGACAUGGACCAGAAAGAGAGAGAUCUGAUCAUGAGGGAGUUCCGCUCUGGCUCCAGUCGAGUCCUCAUCACCACUGACCUGCUGGCCAGAGGUAUUGAUGUCCAGCAGGUGUCCCUAGUCAUCAACUAUGACCUGCCAACCAAUAGAGAAAACUACAUCCACAGGAUUGGUCGGGGUGGUCGUUUCGGCAGGAAGGGAGUAGCCAUCAACAUGGUGACUGAGGAUGACAAGCGAACCCUAAGGGACAUUGAGACCUUCUACAACACCACCGUCGAGGAGAUGCCCAUGAAUGUGGCCGAUCUUAUCUAGAAGAAACACCCCCCCCCCCCCCCCCCCCCCCCCCCCCCAGCCCUGCGCCCGUCGUCCUCCACCCCACCUGACCCAACCUCCUCCCCACCCUGCUUAUUUUAGAAGUCUCACCUUGUUUCUUAUACGAUCUGAACCGUGACUUUACCCUCUACAUUCUAAGGGAAGGAAGAAUGCAGCCAUUAUUCCUUCCCUAACUUUUGAUAUAGUUUUUUUUUUUUUUCUUUUUCUUUUUUUUUUUUUUUGUGGCCAUCUUGGAAGAAUGAAUCACUGACCAGCUUCAUCUGUUAUUGCAGAUCAACACCUAAACAAAAAAUUAUUCAAGAAGCAUUAAUUUGAACGUUUCCACCUUGAUGUCUAGAAAAAUAACUUAAAAAAAAAAAAAAAAAAUUAUAACUGGAUCCUUAAAGCGCUAAACACAACCACUUUUCCAAAAGCACAUUAAAAACAAAGACAGUUGAUGGAACUCGAUUGAUGAUGAUGAUGAUGAUGAUUGACGCUUUUAUCAAACAUGGCUGUGAUUUUUUCACACCUGGAGCAGCAGCAACAGCAGGUGCUGUACUUCUGCUGGGUUGCUGAUAGAUGGUGGUUUAACCUGGACUUCAACAACACCAACAGUGAUCUCUGUGAAAUGGGGGGGGAAGUGCUGCAUUUGACCAGAAACAGUAUUUAAACAACCUUCAGUGUACUAAAACAAAGAGGGGGAAAAAAAAACAGCCUUUAACACGCACCCAUGAUAAUAUUAAGAACAGAGGUUUCUUUUGGGGGGGGGGGGGGGGGGGGGGUCUAGAAACACAGGCCAUAUUCAA